ACCCAUCAGCCGAGCCGCUCAGGCAGGAAGAAGAAAACAUGUUCUGAGCAGUCUCUUGGGUGAGGGGUGGAGCGGAUCUUUGUCAGCCCACACCGUGCGGUUCCCACAGCUCAGUGCCUCCUCCCGCUGGGACUUCCUGUGCUGCCCAGCCUAGGAAAGGGCGUGGUCACUGAGAAGAGGAGCAUCCCUCCUUAGCCAGCGGCUCGGCUCACAUGAUAUCAGGUGGCUUCUUCAAAUGAAUUUUUAAGUAUCUCGGUGAUGAAGAACGGAGACAUCAAUUAGGGGCCAGGAAGACAAGCCUGCAGGAGAGGCUUGAAGGAAGGGGGUCAGAGGGUGAAAGAAGAACAUCAUUAAAAGAAGACAGCAGCUGCCUUUGCGAUCUUCCUGGAACUUUAUUUGACUCUGUCUACAUCGGAGGUGCUUUUGGACCUCUUCUUUUGGAACCGAGGCUAGGAUGACGCUUCUGUCAAGCAGGCAUUCAGCCGGGUACUCCUGUACGAUUUCCUUUAGGAAAAAGACACUCUGGGUUCCGUCGUGCAUUCUGGAACGCCAGGCACGACUUCGCUUUGUGUGACGUCAGGGACCUGGAACCGGCGAAGCGGGCUCCGUCGGCUUUCGGCCACCCGCACUCGCCCCGCAGCCGCCUCCAGGACAAAGCUCCCGCGGGCCCCGCCCACCGCAGCUCCCGCGCCCUCAUUGGCCGGCUCUCGGCCCGCCCUCAGGGAGCGGGGCGCUGCCCUCCCGAGCGCUGGUUGGUCUAAUCGUAAUGACGGGGCUGACUGAAUACCAGAGGAACUUUCUGUGGAAAAAGUCUUAUUUGUCAGAGUCCUAUAAUCCCUCAGUGGCGCAAAAGUACUCAUGGGCAGGACUUAGGUCGGAUCAGUUAGGGAUCACGAAAGAACCAAGUUUUAUUUCAAAAAGAAGAGUUAGCUACCAUGACCCUCAGAUUCCAAAAUCCCUGGCGUGGAAUGGAGCCAUCACAGAGAAUGGGAUGGUUGUCCUACCAGAACCCAAGACCCUCCAGACUCCAAAACCACAAGAGGCAGAGCAAAAAGAAGGUGCUAACCAAGGAGUUCUCUCAGUAGAGGCCUCCAGGGUUCCCAAGAGAACUCGUUCGCAUUCUACGGACUCCAGAGCUGAAGGGGCUUCAGAUGGCAUGGAAAAGCACCAGGAUGUAACAGGAAACCACGCACUGGCUAAUGAAGCUGUGGAGCAGGCACCUUCUACCCAACCUCUUUCACAGAGUAUAGAUCCCAGGUUGGAUAGGCAUCUUCGCAAGAAGGCUGGAUUGACUGUUGAUCCCUCGCAUAAUGCCUUGAGAAAUUCUGAAUAUCAAAGGCAGUUUGUCUGGAAGACCUGUAGAGAAACUGCUCCAGUGUUUGCAGCCAAUCAGGCUUUCCGUAAUAAAAGCGAAGUUAUUCCACAAGUUAGGGGCAAUACUGUCAUCCACGAAACUGAAUACAAGCGAAAUUUCAAGGGCUUAUCUCCCUCGAAGGAACUAAAGCUAAGAGAGCACAGCGGCCGUCUUGAGACACCAGCUCCAGAGAAGAAGGCAGACGAGGCUUUAGAGUUAGAAGUAGAGAUGGCGUCAGAAGACUCAGACCAGCCUCAAAAGCCUGUUCCCUGGAGACACCAAAGGCUCGGAAAGGUGAAUUCUGAAUAUAGAGCAAAGUUUCUGAGCCCAGCCCAGUAUUACUAUAAAGCUGGAGCUUGGAUGCGUGUGAAAGACAACAUGCCAGACCAGGAUUCUCUAAGUGCCAUGUGGUAUGCAGAGGUUAAGGAACUCCGAGAAAAGGCUGAGUCUUACAGGAAGCGAGUUCAGGGAACACAUUUUUCUCGGGACCAUCUGAACCAGAUUCUGUCCGAUAGCAACAACUGUUGGGAUGCCUCCUCAACCACAAGCUCAGAAGGAACCAUUAGCGGCAACAUCCAAGCAUUGGAUCUUGCUGGAGAUCUUCCAAGCCACAAGACUCCCCAGAAACAUCCUCCUACCAAACGAGAAGGAGAAGAAAAGGAAGUUGCCUCAGGCGAUCACCUCCCAAAAAAUAGUACCAGGAAACUGGACCUGCCAGAGGCCGCCACCAUGCCGGUCAGGAGGAACCUGGCUUGGGGUGCUGAGAGCACUAAGGAAGACACCCAGCAGCAGCCCAGACGGAAGGAGGAUGGGGAGGAGAGAAGGGGAAAGGACAAGCAGACCUUUAUGCAAGAGCUAGAAAAACUAGACACACAGGAGAGGUCUAAGGCAGAUGGAAUGAAGGAAGGGUUGGAGUCAUUUUCUCUUUCCUCAGGGAAGGGAGGCAGGCUUCCUACUCCACAGCUGAGAGAACUCGGUAUCCAGCGGACUCACCAUGAUCUCACGACUCCAGCCGUUGGUGGGGCCGUCUUAGUGUCUCCGAGUAAAGCGAAGCUUUCAUCCCCCGAGCAGAGGAAGAGAGCGCCCUCUCUGGAUGGCUUAGAAACUCUGAAGAGAGGAAACCACUGUGCUGUAGGUUUCAUGACUUCUCCUGCUGCUGGCAUCAAAACAGUUGACCCCUUGCCUUUGCGUGAAGAUUGUGAAGCUGAUGGUCUCAGAUUUGCUGAGGCUACUCCUCCAGCUUUGAAAACUCCAGAUCAUCAGACAAACACCCCUGGACAGCCUGUUCAGUGUACCCUGCCUCACUGGUAUCCUUCUAGAAGGAUCCAGGGCUGCCUACGAGACCCUGAAUUUCAGCAUAAUUUGAGAAAACCACGGACGGGCAGUUGGCAGUUCCCUCAAUACGAAGUCGUUAACAAUAAAGAUGUAGACAGACUGUCUGAUAUCUCUACUCGCUCUGCUGCUUCUGGGCUCCAGGCUUUCCAGACUUUAGCACGUGCUCAGAAGAGGAAGGAGAAUUUCUGGGGCAAAACAUAAACCUGCUCUUCUUAUCUAGAGAAAGACUGGCAUCAUCAUUUCUUACUGCGUUAAGAUUUUCAGAAUGUUUGGGUUUCUUUCUGACACUUCCAACUUAAAUUCUUUGAUUUUUCAGUUGGCUCAUCUUACCCAGAAAAUUUUAACACAGCUGUAUCUAAAUUUAACUCUUUGAGAGUUCCUUUGCACUUGUCUGAACACAAACGUGUAGAUUAUGUAGUUUUUCACACAUUCCUUUUGUAUCAGGUGUUGGGGGUAGAAGUCUGAAUGUCAUCUGUCCAGAGAAUAAUCUAAAGGGAUAAAAUGAAGUUAAAAUUAAGAACUCCCAAAUUAUAUUCCCUCUCAGGCUGGUUCUAGGCAUUUUAAAGGGCGUAGAUGUUAUGAAAGGAAUCUGUCGUCUGCAGCCAUACCACCCUGAACACGCCCUAUCUCAUCUGAAGAAUCUGUCAUUCUUUUGACUUUUACUUUAGCGUUUUUAUUAGCACCUUCUGUACACAGUUGCAGUGUUAAAAUAAUUGUACUUUGAAAAUCUGGCUGUAUAUAUUUUUCUUAUUUAUGUAACAGAAUUUGCUGAGAGAAUAUGUAUAUUUUUGAUCUUUUUAUGUAUUUGUAUAAUGACUGGUGUAUGUUUGAAUAAUGUCUAAUUUUGAGAAAUUAUUUGUGUAAUGGAGAAUUAGAAUUUUGUAAACAUUUAAAAAUGAAAAUUAAGUAUUCUUGGCUUCUCCAGAAAGUUAUCAUGUGGAAUAAGUACUUUCUAGAAGCCGUCGCCUAGGACUGGUAAUCAAGCAUACUACUUUUGUAGCUGGCAAAAGCAGUGAAACUGAGUCUACAGUAUUUUUUUCUGUAUACAUAUAGGGUUUUAAAAGUAGAUUCAUUAAAAAUUUCACAUCAA